AUGGCGCAGAUCACCUGGCAGACCUCAUCAGCCCUAAGUUCUAAGGAACAUGCUUCUGUUGAGAAAGUUCAGAGAUCUGGAGAAAAUGAAUUUCAGCCUAACGAUGGGCUGGAUCCUCUUUACAAGAACUGGAGUACUGGAAAAACAUCAACCCCAAACUCUGUUACUGGGCAGGAGCAACGGAUGAACAAGGUGGCUACACUGACCCUGCAGCUUCAGAUGAUGACCCAAGAAAGGAACGAACUUCGUGGAAUUCUGGCUAAUUAUACCAACAAGGAUUUGAACAACAGGCUAAAUUUUGAGUUGGAGAUGGUGAAUAUGGAGCAUAAGAAAGUGAUGUUGGAUCUGCAGAAAUUCCCCAUGGAGAUGAGAGAGGCCUUGUACAAGUGCGAGGAGCUGACUGAGGAAACUGUCUCUUGCAGCAUCCUCCACAACCAGCUCCUGAGUGAGCGAACUCAGUUGAAGAAAAAAGUGAGCAUGUUGAGAGAGGAGAACCAAAAGCUACGGAGGGAGCAGAUUUCACUGCAAGUGGCCUGUGAGAAGGUGAAGAAUCUCUAUGAAAAGACCGAUGAGAAGUUCUGUGAGCUAUGUGACGAGGGGGAUAAGAAACAGGAUAUAUUGGUGGAAAGACGACAAUUCCUGCUGAAGCUGAGGGAUCUGGUCACCAAACGUAUAGAAUUGGCAGAAAAGUUGCAGAAUCCCUUCGCUGUCUCCCAGAUGAGUCGUCCGCUGCCGAAAGUGACGCGCGGUUUGGAGCUCGCGGGAAACUCGUCUAGCUGGCUGGCGCACCGGUGGGACUCCAGCUGCCAUGAGCCUCUGGGUGGACAAAUACCGGCCGUGCUCCCUCGCCCGACUGGACUAUCACAAGGAACAGGCGGUGCAGCUGAGCAACCUGGGAGUACUGGAAAAACAUCAACCCCAAACUCUGUUACUGGGCAGGAGCAACGGAUGAACAAGGUGGCUACACUGACCCUGCAGCUUCAGAUGAUGACCCAAGAAAGGAACGAACUUCGUGGAAUUCUGGCUAAUUAUACCAACAAGGAUUUGAACAACAGGCUAAAUUUUGAGUUGGAGAUGGUGAAUAUGGAGCAUAAGAAAGUGAUGUUGGAUCUGCAGAAAUUCCCCAUGGAGAUGAGAGAGGCCUUGUACAAGUGCGAGGAGCUGACUGAGGAAACUGUCUCUUGCAGCAUCCUCCACAACCAGCUCCUGAGUGAGCGAACUCAGUUGAAGAAAAAAGUGAGCAUGUUGAGAGAGGAGAACCAAAAGCUACGGAGGGAGCAGAUUUCACUGCAAGUGGCCUGUGAGAAGGUGAAGAAUCUCUAUGAAAAGACCGAUGAGAAGUUCUGUGAGCUAUGUGACGAGGGGGAUAAGAAACAGGAUAUAUUGGUGGAAAGACGACAAUUCCUGCUGAAGCUGAGGGAUCUGGUCACCAAACGUAUAGAAUUGGCAGAAAAGCUGCAGAAUCCCUUCGCUGUCUCCCAGAUGAGCUCCGCUUUGGAGAACUGAGGAGGCUGAAGGAAGCUUCACACAUUCUCCCCUCGAGCAGCAACACCUACUGAGAAGCAGACCCCUCCUUGUAGCUGUGAACAAACGAGUAAGAAAAAUCUCCACCUACUGCAGCGGUUCCAUCGCCAAUCUGAUUCAUGUUCUGUUGGCCCACUAUUCCUGGAGAAAGGAAAUCAUCAGAAAGAAGCCUGACAUUCAGAGGACCCACCAAGAAUGACUCCAAAUCCCGACAUUGGUCAGCAGGUGGACCCUGAGUGGCAAACAGCAGCAUGGGGAGGAUAUGCUGCUGAGCAAGGCUUCCUCUGUACUCUCCAUGUCUUUAGUAAGCCGGCUGAGCCCUCCAUAUGUGGUGCGGACUCUCACGAGAAAGACUGUACUGAUGCCAUGCUGUAGUCUAUACACACCACAGGGAAAAGAACAGAAUUCCCUCUCCUGUGAGUGCUGAGGGAGACUCCAUGUCACAGGAAAGUGUUGGUGAAGAUAUCGCAGUACAGAGACUACAGCAUCCCUCACCUGUGUUAGUCAUUGAUCAUCCAUAAAGAAAAUGUCAGGGGAUUCUCCAGUUUCACAUCCUGGACUGGCAUGUCAGUCCUGAGAAAGGGUCUAUAGAGGAGGUUUGGUCACUUUUCGUGUCUUUAGGGAGCCAGAUGCUCUCGAUUGAUUUUUUGGAUCUAGAGCUAGAGACUAUUUUUAGCUUAAUUGGAGCAAGGGUUCUGGUUUGGGUUUGGUUUUCAUUUGUUUGGAUAUUUUUUUCUUUGCUUUGGUUUAAAUUUUGUUGUUGGUUUUUAAAUAAUUUAUUCUUGUUGUUUUAAUAGUUGGCUAAGGCUCUACCCUGUAUAUACUGACUACCCUUUCUAAAGUUCCUAUUGAGUAUAAUGAGUAUUUUUAUGAAUAAAAUCAA